AUGGCAAGGUUGCUUUUCGGGACCGUUGUACGCGACGACGUCGAGCUAUUAGAACAGAUAAAAAGAGCUGUAUCCCGUAAUGAGCUCCCGGAAGGGGACUUUGAGCCUUUCAACAUCAUUGCGCUAGACGAAUUCCAAGACUGCGAUGACCUCCUCUAUUGGUUGAUUAUCUGUUUCAUUCGAGUAAACACGCGGAAGAGAGGUGGCCGGCCUGCUCAUCUCGUCAUUCUCGGAGAUGAGCGACAGUCCAUCUACCGAUUCCGCGGCGCCGAUCACAGGUACCUCACUCAAGCCCCCAAGUUGUUGGGUCCUAUCAGCUCCCACUCCUUUGUUGAACUCCCUCUCAGUGAAAGCUUCCGACUAUCCAAUGAAACGGUGCAGUUCAUUAACAAGACUUUUCUUGGCGGAGACUCGUAUAUGACCAGCUCAAAGUCCGGCCCAAAGCCAAUUGUCUUUAGGUACAGCCCUCCCGACAUCAACGCGUUGGCUAAGGAACUGGCAGUUUUGAUCAAGCAAUAUGGCGCCGAAAACAGCGCCAUUAUUGCACCAUCAGUACGCAAGAAUAGGCCCCUGAUCAAACUGGCCAAUAUCCUGAGCCAGGAAUAUGGCAUACCAGUUGCUCAACCCAUCGAUUAUGACAGCUCUGUAGAUGAAAAGAUCUUGGACGGGAAGUUGUCCAUAUCUACCAUUCACGGGUUCAAGGGUAGAGAGCGUGAUCUGGUCAUUCUCUUGGAGAUCGACACAUCAUUUUUCAGAUAUCUUGGCCGGGAUCUUCCGGAUAACACCUGUCCAAAUGAAGUAUUUGUUGCCUUGACCCGUGCAGUGGAACAGCUUGUCUUGGUCCAUGACGAGAGAGAGAAGUUGAUGCCGUUUGUGUCUGUGGAUAAGUUGUACGAAACAGCCGAGGUCAUCAAUUUGACGUCUAAUAAGGCCAAAAUCACAUCUCCCAACGCACCAGGACGAGCUUUGCAGUUUGGGCUUGAUCUACCCCCCAAAGUCAAUGUCACGGACAUGGCACGAUAUAUCCGGGGUGAACGCCUGGACGCGGUUAUUCAGCGUGAUCUGUGUAUCCAAGAGCUCUCAGAAUCUCUGCCCGAAAAAGAACAUAUUCGUAUACGAGAUGUUGUCUGCUCGGAUCCAGUAAAAGGAUUCUACGAGGCGGUGGGUGACAUUAAUUCUCUCGUGAUUCUCGCAGCAUUUCAGCACGCGAUUACGGGGGCUGCAACAUUGCUCGGCUCUAACAAGCAGGCCACCGAAGAAGGGCCUUCGAUCUAUACAGAUCGGCAAAUUUCUCGGCUUUGUAGGCGCGCUUGUGCAUAUCAUGCUCGCAUUUCGGGCUAUCAACCGCGCUACCUCCAGAUGAAAAAUCACGAUUUCAACUGGAUCAACCUCAGGGAUCUUGUUCUUGCUCAGAGCCGACUUCAAAGUGAGCUUGGAGAUUCGGCAUCUAAUCUCAAAUUUGAGGCCGACGUUGAACGAUACCUUGUUGUCGAUAAAGGGGAAACGCUCCUUUAUGGUCGAGCCGACGUCGUCACUGCUCCCACAAUUUCAGAAGAUGGCGAAAUUGAAAGUGUAGAAUCUGUAUGGGAGAUCAAAUUCGUCUCAAGGCUUUCCAAUGAGCAUAUCGUACAAGCAUGCGCAUAUGCGUUUUUGUUGGCUGCUCGGUCUGGUCAGGUACCCCGUAUCAUACUCUACAACGUGCGAGAUGGGAAGAAGCUGGAAAUUACUCCACGGGAUGGAUUGGAAGGGUUGCGACGUAUGAUUGAAAGCAUUUUUCGACUAAAGUAUACGGCUGAAAAGGGGAUGGAAGAUGAAGAGUUUGCCGAAAUGUGUACGAAGACAACACGACAAGUUUUGGACCUGGAUGAUACAAAGUAG